GAGGAGGAGGAGGCGCGCGCCUGGCGUGUUAUUUUCCCUCACAGGAUGACAAGCGACCUGGAGUGCCCGCAGGUGGACAGCUGUGAUUCUGGUAUUUUAACUUCAGAAGAACAAGGGGAUUGUGACUCUAAAGAUGAAGAUUCCACUCAGGAGAAUCAAUCAGGUGAUGACAGCUCCUACAGUGACCCUGAAAGUUGCUCCGAAAGUGACUCCAAUACAGAAGAGGUAGAUGAAGAUGAAUCAAACAAGGAACUAGAAGACGAAGCACCUGGCUCAAAUUGUGCUAAAUCAGAGGUUAACUCUCAACAUCACUGCGAACGUUGCAGGAUUCAACAAGGGCAGCAAGAGCAAGUAACUCCCAGAAGACUUUCCAGAGGACAAUUCUGGUUGAAGCUGGAUGCUGAAGGGGUUUACCAAUGUGCUGUCACAGGAUUGAUCUUUGAAGUUACCAAAGCUGCUGUCAUUAAAUAUUCCCUAUUGUCUUGGAGCAAGUAUGCCAGUUAUAUUAAAGAGCCCUGGAUUGUUGGAGGCCCUAUAUUUGAUGUCACGUGUACCUCAGCCUCUGUCCUUACCUCUAUUCAGUUUCCACAUACCCUCUGCCUGAAUGAUCAUUUAUCAGACACAACUUUCAAAGUGUUCCAUUUCAAAAACAAUGGCCCAGAGUUUGAGGGUUCUGCUGACCAUUCGGCCACGCAUGUCAAAUGGCAAGUGAGCUCGCUGUCUCCUGUUGGACCAGUUCUUCAGAACCAUGAUCCGGUGUAUUACCACGGGGUGAUUCUUUUAUACAAAAUUGUCAAUGAUCACCCUUCCUUAUCAUUCCGUGUCUAUGUGGCAAGUAACAAUGACUCAUUUAUAAAGGAUGUCUCAAAAGCAGUAAAACUUUCCGGUAAGAAAUUUAUUAAAAUUGAGAAGCCCCCUUGUCAGAAAUUACUCCAAAGUGGGAAGAAAUACAGAUUGAUUAGCGAACCAGAAGCUGAAAUAACACCUGAGGAGAUUGAAUUUGUCGAUGACUCUCUCCUAAAAGUGAAAAGUUAUAUUGAGGUAUAUUUAGAACAACCCAUGGAAUUUUCAUUAUCUUUGGUAGAACUGGAAUCUCAGGAAAUUGUUUGGAAAGCAAAGCUAAGGGAAUGUGACUGGAUCCAACAUAACCAGAAUGACAACGAGCAAAGAAGACGCACUGGCAGCAUCAGAAGACGAAAAUCCAGCAACAGCCUGUCAGAAGAUGAGUUUUGCAAUAAACGGUUGAAAGGUAACGACACUACAGAUGGAACUAAAGCCAAUACAGUAUUAACUGAUAAGCAGCUGAUGAUCCUUGCAAAGAAGAUGGGAAAAGACUGGAAAGUUAUUGGCAUUCAGUGUCUUAAUUUAUCCAUUGAAGAUAUCGAGCAGAUUGAAGCAAAGGAGGAAGACAUCAAUAUGUACAAAUGCAGGAUGUUGCGGAAAUGGAGGGAUUCGGAACAGAAUAAGGGAACUGCACAAAGUUUAUAUGGGUGUCUUAAUGGUCAAGCAUCCCACGAAGUGAUAGAAAUUCUGCAAGAGUUUUUGAAACAGACACAAGCUCAUGAAGAAACAGUUUGAAAAAGAAGAAACACCAGGGAUAUUCUUCUGUGAAAACAUUCCAAAUGGAUGAAAAGGAAUUAUGUUAUGAACUGCCAACUGUUUAAAACUCUGGAGAGCUGCUAUAAAGUUAUAAGAUGGUCAGGCCAGUUGUGGAACCUGUGGGAUGAAAUAUAAUGUGAGGAAGAAGAAAAAUGGAUCAUGCAAAUAGAAAUAUUUUCAGAAACAUUCCCACUCUCAUAUACUCAACUAAGAAGCAAAUUUGCACUCACGGCUUCUCAAAAAUGUUUAGCCAAGCCUGGUUGUUGGAGGCUGUUUCCAAUUUAUUUUCAAUUUUUCCAUUGGGGGAAAAAAGUCAUUGGACCUUUUCAUUCUGUGCAUUUGUUUUAAAAAGCAUUUCAGUCAUUCCAAUGGAAACAAAUCACAGUGUUUUUUUCCUUGGUCCCCAAAAUUUCUCAAACUUUCCAUCAGAAAAAGAAUAGCAAAAAAAAAAGCCAUUGGAAAAAAUGAAAAAAAAACAUUCCCCUUCAUUUUUUUCUUUGCAUCUCUGUUACAUCUCUGGUUAGCUGGCCUUUAAUCCUCUCUGUUGGCAGCAUACGUACCAUAGUAAUAUAUCAUAUAUGUAAAUGUGAGUGUUCACUUUUGCUUUUUAUUGAUGAAGAUAUGAACACUCAGCUCUUUUGUGUCCCUGUAGUUAAUCACAGACACUAUACUGCUUCUUACCAGCCUCCCUGUAGCUACACCUCUACAGUCUCUCAGUCUUUUGCAAAAGUGUGUGUGUGGGGGGGGGGGAGUACCUAAGCUUCCACUUACGGAUAGUGAGUUGCACUCCAAGAAUCUCUUUUUCUAAGUCUUCCUUGGGUGGAGAAGGACAGCCCCAGAUCACACCAUACAGCAGCUGCAAGUUGUCUAUCAAGACAAUUUAGAAAGACUGGUGUGCCCUGAUUUGGAUUGGGACCAUAGAGCCUUGGGGGAGAGAGGAGUUCUUGCACUGGAGGCACUGGAGGUGUUACUUGCCCCAUCAUUGGAUAUUUGCGUGUACAUUGAAUGUUUGCAUCUGGGCAAAUAACUUUCCUGGCAAUGUGGUCCUGAUCCAACUCACCCUGCCCCCCCCCGGUCUUCCGACUAGAAACUUGCAGGCUGCAGCUGUUAACAGUAAAGUAUAAUUUUGUCAUUUGGAAGGGAGUUGCUGGAUCUAAUCCCAUAUUUAUAAUUCAAUAUUGGUUGUUGUGGAUUUUCCAGGCUGUAUAUAUUGAUGAUGCCUGGCAGGUGUCCAGCCAUUGGUUUUAUCAUAGAGAUCCCAGCCCUAGAGUGGACUUGCAUCAACAGUUUAAGUUUUAAAAACUUUUUUUCUCCUGCUGGCCUCCACAGCAGAGGCAGGAAACAGGAGCUGGAGGUGGGGAGUCUCAUGCCCUGGCAGGAACCAGGCAGCCUUAAGGCCUGAUGUUCAUUCAAAGCUUAUUUUAGACAGCACAGUAAUGACAGACAAGUUUCUUGGAAGCUAAGGUGAUUCUACUACCAGUUUUUUGCUAUGUGUAACUGAAAAAAGUGCUGGACAUCUUUAUAGUACACUUUGUUUAGCCAGGAUUAGUUCUUACAAGAUGUGAAUCCCCUUUUUAAAGCAGGGUUACCUGGUACUAGAGGCAGCUUUAUUCAUUCCGUGACUGCUGCUUACAAGUUGGAGUCAACAAAUCACAAGCUUCUUGUGAAAUAUACCUUUCUUGUAAAAUACAUUUCAAUGUUCUAUAGAUUCCUUUUAUGUCACUUUGGUUUAAAUAUGGAUUUGCAUUCAUUUUUAAAGUUAAUUUAAAAUACAUUUUAGGAGUAAAUAAAAAGUUUCAA